UGGCGCUUUGAACAACAAUUGGCUAAUCUUUUAUGGAAAAUCAAUAUACAAGAUAUUGACUUUCGUCACGUCAUGACAUCUGCAAUGUCUGUAGGGAGUAACUAUGAGACUUGCAGCUACCACGGUAGUCAAGAGACCAUAUGCUCGAUGAGGUCCAGGCGGGCACAAGUCUUCACAAAGACGGGACUGUAUAAAGGAAACAUAGUGGCCCUCAAGUGGAUACGGAAAAAGAACAUAGACAUAAACCGCAACGUACGCCUAGAGUUAAAACAGAUGAGAGAUCUUCGACAUGACCAUAUUGUAGGAUUCAUAGGGGCAUGCGUGACGCCACCUUACGUAGCUAUAGUUUCGGAGUACUGUCAUCGUGGCAGUCUGGAGGACGUGCUGGGUAAUGAGGAUAUCAAGAUUGACAAGAUGCUCAAGGCUUCCCUGGAUUCCGAUAUGAUGAAGGGCAUGGCAUAUCUGCACAGCUCUGAUAUCGAGAGUCAUGGUAAUCUUAAGUCGUCUAACUGCCUCAUAGACAGUCGAUGGGUACUGAAGAUAGCCGAUUUCGGGCUGACUGAGCUCAAGUCUGGUCAAGAACAUGUGGACGAGGGAGAAUAUGCAAAAUACAAAAAAAAAUUAUGGACUGCUCCCGAAUUGCUCCGCUCCAAGUCUCGUUCGCUUAAGGGAACCCAGAAAGGAGACGUCUACUCGUUUGCCAUCAUUCUGUAUGAGAUUGAGGGACGGUCGGGACCCUUCGGAGACACAGAACUUACCCCCAAAGAAAUAGUGAAUAAAAUCCUAUCCAAACCUGGCGAGUUUCGUCCAGACACUAGUAACCUAAAGUGUCCCAAUUUUAUCGUAACCACGAUGAAAAUGUGCUGGGCCGAAGACCCUAACGAGAGACCGGAUUUCAAGACCUGCAGGAGGCUGCUCAAGCCCAUGCAAAAAGGAUUGAAAUCGAACAUAUUUGACAACAUGAUGUCGAUCAUGGAGCGGUAUGCCUCAAAUUUGGAAGGGAUAGUGGCAGAAAGAACAGCGGAGCUCGUGGAGGAGAAGAAGAGAACGGAUUCUCUGCUCAACAGGAUGCUUCCACCGAGCGUUGCUAACCAGCUAAAACAGGGACGUACCGUGGAGCCCGAGUGUUUUGAGUCUGUAACGAUUUACUUCAGUGACAUAUGUGGCUUCACAGCGCUCUCCGCUCAGAGCACACCACUACAGGUAGUCGACUUGUUGAACGAUUUGUACACAUGUUUUGACUCCAUUAUCCAAAACUAUGACGUGUACAAAGUGGAGACAAUCGGGGACGCUUACAUGGUGGUUAGCGGUUUGCCAAAUAGGAAUGGACAAAAUCAUGCUGGAGAAAUUGCAUCCAUGUCUCUAAACCUGUUGGCAGCGAUUAAGAAAUUCAACAUCCGUCAUCGCCCCGACGACAUUCUCAAACUCAGGAUUGGAAUACACAGCGGCCCGUGUGUUGCGGGAGUGGUGGGCCUUACCAUGCCUCGCUACUGCCUGUUCGGGGAUACCGUCAACACCGCCUCCAGGAUGGAGUCUAAUGGCGAGCCGUUGAAAAUACAUGUAAGUACAGAAUGCCGGGCCCUUUUGGAAAAGCUAGGAGGAUAUAGCCUAACAGAGCGAGGCCUGGUUGCCAUGAAAGGAAAGGGAGAAAUAUUAACAUACUGGUUGCUUGACGAGGACAGUCGAGUGCGGAAGGAGCGCCGCGGAGAUUCGGGGGACAGUGGCAGGGGUACGAGGUCGGAGUCUGAUGCUCCGUCACUGAUCACAACACAGAAUAAACAGAACGGCUACACUGGUGUCAACAUAACUAAAGUCGACCAAGGUAGCAAAGAAAUUUCUAACCAGAGCAAAUCGUUCGUAGUGAAAGAGUCAUCUAAAAUGAAGCCUCCAGACUUAAAGAACAUCUCGAAUUCUAAAGUAGUGGUAGGAGUAUGCGAACGGAAAACACUGGCCCCAGCCUCUUUACACCCAGUUACAAGUGACUCUGGUGUCAGUGACAAAAGGUCUAUGCACAGUUGGAGCACCGCCCAUGUCAACAAGUCUGAUGACAGCGACAGUGUAGUCAUUGAGCAGAGCAUUUUGGCAUCACUAACUGACAAUGUUCGGGAGCACAUCUGUCGGAUGAACUCCCUGUCUAGUGGCUUGUAUCGUCCAACUUCCAGCCCUACAAGGCCAGCUGAAGGGCUGACCAAGAAAAACGUUCAGUUUUACCAGGCCAAGUCAAAGACAGAUGACCAUCCAUUCAGUAAAAACCGCAUCGGGACUAAUGGGCAGACAGGAAGUCCUGGUUUCCCUCAGCCUGUCAAGAUCAACAAUCUGAUGGAUGAUAGUGAAGACAAUGACAGCUUGACUAUGGUAUCUGUAAAUGUCUGAGAUGACCAGAGAUUUGAGAGAAUAAUGUAAGAAAUCAUUUCCAAAGAAAGGCUUAACGAAAUUGAAGAGACUGGCCCUUGAUCGAGGAGAGUGGACACUGGAUUCUCUUACGAAAUAUCUACAGAAGCUUUUGGGUAUCAAUUCUUCCUGAUAGAAAGAUAUAUGUAAACAGUUACACAGAAUAUUUGUUCAGGGGAUUUACUGGCAAGGUGUUGAGCUUAAGAAUUAAAGGUUAAGACGAUUUGAUAAUGUAAUGAUGCAUAUAGCUCGUUUUUGUAUGUAAGCCAAUGAUUGUAAAUGGCUUUUAUAUGUGUUUCCCCAUAUAAUAUUACCAUAUGAUACAAGUGUAUUAGUGAGUAGAAAAGGGUGAGAGGGGUUACUUUAUUAACGGAUCUACUUAUAUGGCGCAUGAUGUCCAGAUUUCUAGAAACUUUCUUGCAAAUGUAGCUAAUUUGAAAAGUCCAUUUAAGUUCAUCAAUAA